CUCUCUCUCUCUCUCUAAGCCCUUUCCACAAAUCUUUGUGACCCUUUUUUGAGACCUCAAACUUGGUUUGUUCUUGGUUUCAAUCAGAGUCUCAAACUCUCCCUCUUUUCUCAUUCUCUGAAAACAGAGCUUUCUCCUCUGAUUUCUUGUUACCUAACGAUCGAACCCAUUAAUUCAGAGAUUUUUAGUUAUUGAUCAAAACCUUAGUUUUGCUGAAAUGGUGAGUUUGAUUGAAGAAAGAGAUAAGAUGACGAAGAAAAAUGUGGUAGCUUCGAACACCAAAUCGGCCAUCAACAUGGCGAUAACAGUGGCGGCGGCGGCGAACUCGUCGCUGUUCAAGACGGCGGCGCAGAAGCCGCCAGUGGCUCCGGGAAGCUUCUUCACCAUUUUACAGAGGAAGCUAAUACAGAACCUUGAAAUCAAUGGAGCUGCAAGAGUCAACGCCUGGGUUGACUCAAUGAGAGCUUCCUCACCAACCCAUGUCAAAUCCACCACCCCUUCUCUCUCUCUGAAGACCAAAGUUCGUGGAUUGUGAGUACUCUCUGUCCCGGCCAAGGAUCCUCUAUAA